UGGUCCCUUCAGCCUGUGGUGGGACAGGCUAUGACCCCCUCCCCCACCCACAGCAGUCAGGGAACCUGAGGGUCUGUGAGGUCACUAAGUUCCAUGGCCCAAAGAUUUGUGGACAAGGGUGCUGGCCCAUCUCCAACCCAAGGACUCAAGAGCUCCUGAGAGGAACACGUUGUAUUGGGAACCAGGAACACUCUAAGUGCUGACCCCUGAGCCAGGACGAGGGGCAGGAGGUGCCAUCCAGGAGGUCACAGGAGCCCCCGGCCUGGCUUGGGUGCUGUUCACACUGCCAGGCCACCAUGGUCCUUGGCUGGCCACUGGUUCUGGUGUUGGUCCUGUGCCCGGGUGCGACAGGCAUCAAGGACUGUGUCUUCUGUGAGCUGACUGACUCCACUCAGUGCCCAGGCACACACAUGAGCUGUGGGGACGACGAGGAUUGCUUCAUAGGUCACGGAGUAGCCCAGGGCGUGGGGCCCAUCAUCAACAAAGGCUGCGUGCACUCCACCAGCUGUGGCCGUGAGGAACCUGUCAGCUACAUGGGCCUCACUUACAGCCUCACCACCACCUGCUGCUCUGGCCAACUUUGCAAUGGGGGUGCUGGCUCUGAUACAGGGACUCCCAGCCUGGCACUGGGUCUGCAGCUGCUCCUGGGCCUGUUGCUGCUAUUUCAAUACUGUCUGUGACCUACAGGAACUGCAGGGCCUGGGACUGUGCCCUGUGCCCCCGCCUCCACCCCUUCCCCCCAUUAAAUGGCCAGAGGUGC